CGUAGUGUAGCACGCCGGCUCACUUGAGGAGGUCUCUCCGGUGCUGGGCUGACAGAGAAGGAGUCAAGUCGCCUCAGUUGAGCUCAAUCAGCCGCCCGCCGGCGUCUCCUCCGCCUCCGCCUCCGCCUCCGCCGCUCUGGGACCGCACAGACAGCAGGCGCAGCGGAAACUUGCGCCGAGGGCUGCAACGAGGACUCCGAUCCCACAUCUGCCUCCAAACUGGUUUCCUCGUGGGUCUGUUUACGUCUGGAGGCCUCCCCCUGGAUCCAUCAUUACUUGCUGAGAGAAACACUCCAGAGAGGCUGCCAUGUCUGACUCCACGCUUCCUGAGGCCAUGGCCAAUCAGAUCAUCGAGCUCUCCCACUGCUAGGCAAGGGGGCGCCAGAGAGGGCAGGAGACAUGUUGGGACCGAGGCCCGGGGACCACUGCACUGAAUUCUGUUACUAUAGCUACUACUGUAGUAACCAUGGAAACGCUAUGGAGGACUGCUCUGAUCUGUGCUGUAAUUGUUGUCAUGGGUGCCGCAGAGGUCGCAGGAGGUCGCAGAGAUGAGUUUGCGCAGUCACAAGCUGCCUUCCUCUCCGGUCUUGGCCAGUAUGAGAUUGCAAUUCCAUUACGUGUAGGACCCAAUGGAGAGACGCUACACACAAAAGGCUCUCAGGACCACAGAAGACGACGGAGUACAGAGGAAAACAAAUCAACUGACACCUCUCUCUACUACCAGCUAUCUACGUCACACAACAACUUCCUGCUGAACCUGACGCUGCAGGGAGGCCUUUUAUCGCGCCAGUUUAGGGUGGAGUACUGGAAAAGAGGCAGAUUAGCCUGGAGCCACCCUUACUCUCCCCACUGCCAUUAUGUAGGACACCUCCAGGACCAGCCCCACUCCAGCAAAGUGGCCCUCAGCAACUGUAACGGCCUGCAGGGGGUGAUUGUUGCAGGCGGAGAAGAAUAUCUGAUCGAGCCCCUAAUUUCAUCAACAAAUCAAACCAGACCGGAGAGAGGGGAACGGGCCGAGGGGCGCCCCCAUGUGGUUUACAAGCGCUCAUCGCUCCGCCACCAGUACAAGGGCCAAUCUUGUGGAGUCAUCGAUGAGAAGUCUAUAAAGAGCUCAUCAUGGUGGCAGAGGACGCUAAAGACGCCUCCUCAUCACGUCGGUCGUGGCCAGUUGCCCCUGAAGCGCUCGGUGAGCUGGGAGCGCUACGUGGAGACGCUGGUGGUAGCCGACAAGAUGAUGGUGGGCUACCAUGGUCGGAAGGACAUCGAGCAGUACAUUCUAGCCCUCAUGAAUAUUGUUGCCAAACUGUUCCAAGAUUCUAGCCUGGGGAAUGCAGUCAACAUCGUGGUGACGCGACUCAUUCUGCUUAUGGAGGACCAGCCUACAUUAGAGAUUAACCACCAUGCAGGGAAGUCUUUAGACAGCUUCUGCAAAUGGCAGAAAUCCAUCCAGCACCGGAGCAGUUAUGGAAACGCCAUCCCUGACAAUGGCAUCGCGCACCAUGACACCGCUGUACUCAUCACCAGGUAUGACAUCUGCAUCCAAAAAAACAAGCCUUGUGAAACUUUAGGUCUUGCUCCCGUUGGAGGAAUGUGUGAACCGGAGAGGAGCUGCAGCAUCAACGAGGACAUUGGCCUCGGGACAGCUUUCACUAUUGCCCAUGAAAUUGGACACACGUUUGGAAUGAACCAUGACGGUAUUGGUAAUGCGUGUGGGCCCCGUACCCAGGAGACGGCCAAGCUGAUGGCCGACCACAUCACCAUGAAGACGAACCCGUUCAUCUGGUCGGCCUGCAGCAGGGAUUACAUCACCAGCUUUUUGGACUCAGGUAUGGGAUCCUGUCUGAACAAUGUGCCCCCGAAGCAGGAGUUUGUAUACCCCACCACAGCCCCAGGUCAGGCUUACGACGCAGAUGAACAGUGCCGCUUCCAGUAUGGCGUCAGAUCUCGACAAUGUAAAUACGCAGAGGUCUGCAGUGAGCUUUGGUGCAUGAGCAAGAGCAACCGAUGCAUCACCAGUAGUAUUCCUGCUGCAGAGGGAACCAUCUGUCAGACCAACACCAUUGACAAAGGGUGGUGUUACAAGAGAAUCUGCGUGGCGUAUGGGACACGUCCGGAGGGUGUCGAUGGGGGCUGGGGACUGUGGUCGCCUUGGGAAGAGUGCAGCAGGACCUGCGGAGGUGGUGUCACCUCCUCUAUGCGAUACUGCGAUAGCCCGAGGCCAACCAUUGGUGGAAAGUACUGCCUCGGGGAGAGAAAACGCUACAGGUCCUGCAAUAUCGACGACUGCCCCGGAGGCUCGCGGGACUUUCGGGAGAUGCAGUGUUCCAACUUCGAUAACGUUCCGUUCCGAGGAAAAUUCUACGUGUGGAAGCCGUACAGAGGAGGUGGGGUGAAGACAUGUUCUCUGAACUGCCUGGCAGAGGGUUACAACUUCUACACGGAACGUGCAGCGGCGGUGGUAGAUGGCACGCCCUGCAGAGACGACUCUCUGGAUGUCUGCGUAAAUGGCGAGUGUAAGCACGUCGGCUGCGAUCGCAUUCUCGGCUCAGACGUUCGUGAGGACCGCUGUCGGAUCUGCGGGGGUGACGGCAGCAGCUGCGAGUCUGUGGAGGGAGUCUUCAAUGACUCUUUGGCAGAAGGAGGUUAUGAAGAGGUCAUCCGUAUCCCAAAAGGCUCAGUGUUCAUCCACAUACAAGAGCUCAACGUUUCUCUAAAUUACCUUGUGCUGAAGAGUAAAAGCGAUCAUUCCUUCCUGAAUGGGAAGCUGGCUACUGACACACCACACAGGUUUGACAUAGCCGGAACAACUUUCCACUACAGGCGGCCCACCGAUGGGCCAGAAUCACUUGAGGCUCUGGGACCAACAAAUACGACCCUCGUUGUCAUGGUGAUGGUCCUGGAGGAGAACCCUGGAAUCCACUAUCGUUUUAAUCCCCCCGUCAACCGUGAACCAAUGAUUGGUUUUACCUGGUACCACACAUCCUGGUCACACUGCUCUGCUCUCUGUGCUGGAGGUGAGCAGAUCCAACAGGUGGUGUGUCGGAAGCUCUCAGAUCACUCUGUCGUUUACAACCACUUCUGUGACAAGAGGUACAAACCCAAAGAGAGGCGCAGAUUCUGCAACACUGAGCCAUGUUCCCCAAGUUGGUGGGCCGGAGGGUGGUCGGAGUGCAGUCACAGCUGCAACGGCGGCCUGAGGACACGCGAGGUGUUAUGUAAAAGGAGGAUGUCGGCAUCAGAAGAGAAAGUCCUGGAUGACACUGCUUGUCCUCGUUCACGUCCUUCGUUCACUGAACCCUGCAACAACCACAGCUGCCCUCCCGAAUGGAUGGCCCUCAACUGGUCCGAGUGUACACCCAGCUGUGGUCCUGGCUACAGACACCGAGUGGUUUUGUGCAAGAGCGGCGAGAGCGGAGACACGCUGCCAGACACCAAGUGUCCCAAGCACGGCAGACCCACCUCUAGAGUGCGCUGUAACCUCAAGCGAUGCCCCCCGCCUCAGUGGGUGAUGGGGCCUUGGGGAGAGUGUUCUGCCAAGUGUGGACUGGGUCAGGAGAUGCGAUCCGUGCAGUGUCUGACCCACACUGGCAUGCCAUCCAACGAGUGUCUGGAACACCUGCGACCGGCCUCCAUGCAGCAGUGCAAGAGCAAAUGUGACCUCAUUCUGCCCAUCAGUACGGACAAUCCUGAAGAGUGCAAAGAUGUGAACACUGUGGCCUACUGCCCCCUAGUGCUCAGGUUCAAGUUCUGCAGCCGGCCGUAUUUCCGACAGAUGUGCUGCAAAACAUGCCAGGGACACUGACGUGGACCAGUGAACCUCACAAUAGUCACAUACUCACACACACACUCCCUAAAUGAGCCUCGUGGCAGCAGCCCGAAGGAGGAGGAGGGUGAGGUCGGGAUGCUGCCAAACACCCGGCGGUGCCAUCACAGUUUUGAGGGAGCUCUCAGUCGCCAGUGUCCAUGUGAGAGCGGCUCCCUCUUCAAGCAGAACUGAGCUGAGUUUCACAUUCCGCUGGAGGGGAGGCUGCUGAAACCUGUCCUCUGUUGUAAUAUUUUUGGUGCUACGGGACAUGCUGCGGUGUUCAGAGGGUCACUUUAUGUUUGCUACGGCCUCCAUGUAAAGAGGCCAUAUUUAAAAAAACAAAAAUAAAAAACACUUUGUAAACAAGAGGAACCUUCAUGAAAAGGAAUAUCGUAUAUUAUGGAAGUUUUUGUCUUAAGUUACCUGGUAGUUGUUACUUGACCACGGUGGUUUUGUUUAUUUUUGCCAAUAGUCUAUGUACAUCUAAGCGUUCGAGUCAAAUGAGCAGAAUUUGAUUUGCACAAAGUGUCAUCAGUCACAGGACUUGUACAGUAUACAGUGCAACUGUGUUCAUGGGAAAUGCAGCGUGUAGAGUUUUCCGCAGCGUUCGUUUUGCGCUCGCCAUCUUUUGUCUUCCUAAGUUCUACCGGCUCUCUAAAACAACUUCAUGCCACAACGGGACAGAAAGCCACAUUUGUAGCAUUAGCGGCUAACAUUUGAUAGGAUGCAAUUUUGUGUCGCAACUGCAGACUUUGGCAGCUUUGAAUGAAAUCAACCCCCCCAGGAAGCCCAAUUCUGUUUUUCGUACGUUAAACCACUUGCUCGACAGUUUAAGUAUCUCUAAAUAUAAGUGGAAAUUCAGCGCCAUUGUGACUCAUCGUCUAAUUAUAUACGCCGUCUCCUCGGACAGAAGAAUUCUUCCAUACAUGAUGGAACUGUACUUCAAAUUGAGACACACAAAAAAAAUCAUUGGGCCGACCUCUUCGUUGUGUGUUAAUUAUGCAAAUUCUUCCCAUGUGUCUUAGUACCUCUGUCCAUAGUGUGAUGUUGCAACUUGGUCACUCAUUUGGAGCUUCUCGUAACAGUUUCCAAAGUGCUCUUAUUAGUAUUUGGUUUAUUGCCGUGUUUUUCUUUUCUUUCUUGCAUUCUGUAUAAUAUUUGUAGAAAUGCUGCUAAGAGAUUUGCGACAAUAUGUCCCAGCGUCACACUGCUGUGGCCGUCACACGUUGAAUGCAGCGCUGGUGCGUUCAACUCCCUUUUCUUUAUCGCGGUGCUUUCUUUUGGAAGGGUGCUAUUGAUCCGUUGCUAAUAUUUGUGUCCGAGUUAUCAUUUUCUCCAUUUUAAUCGUAUAGUCACAAAUCAUUCCCCAUUGAACCAGAAAGUGUGUACGAAAGGGCCUGUUUGAAGUUUAAAAAGAAAAAAAAAAAAACAUCUCGGAAAAGCAGCUUCUGCCCUACUGCCCUGUACGUUGUUUUAAAAAGGAAAUAUCAAACUGAUUAAACAUGGUGCAUUAUUGAUUGAAAAUGAGUUAUUUGUGCUACGA